AUGGUACCUCUUAACGACCCACAGGAAAAUCUGACGUCAAACCAAGACCCUACCAAAUAUGGUGAAGGAACUUUCCAGCGAAGUCUUUUAGGCCACCCUAAACAACAAAAUCAACCGACAUCUCAGAUCCUAAAUCCUCAUCAACAAUCGUUUGCUUCACAACCGACCCAGCAAUCUCUUUCUUUUGAUCGGAGCACCCCAAGCUACACGUUUGAUCCUUCAUUUUAUUCGCCUGCAGGGCAACCAACAGGACCACAGGAUGGAUCCGUUUCUAGCGACUCAAAGUUUUCCAGUCAGCUCUCAGGAUCUUCAUCCACGAAUGGUGGCAUGCCUCCUCAACUAAAAAAUCUUCUGGAUUUAACUUCUCUCAUGUCUAUGCCUAACAAUCAAUCUUCACUUCCUCCAACUCCUAAUAACAGCAAUCUUACAAGAGAACAACCGGGCACAACUUCAGCGCCCUCUUUUCUUAGUUCUUUAGAAGAAUCUUCUGCUGAUUCAGGGAACCGAGUAAAACCAAAACGUCGUCGUAAACCUAUUAACUGCAGCUUUUGUCGACGAAGAAAACUAAAGUGCGACCGUAAACAACCGUGCUCUUCUUGCAUUAAAAGAAAGAUGCAGGCUUCUUGUGUUUAUGUCACUGAGUUACCAGGUAUUUCUUCCUCAACUUCUUUUUCUUCCAAUACUCCCACUCAAGAAUAUGAAAAUUCAUCAGAAACUCCUGGUGAUAAUGGAAGUCGCUUGUAUUCAGGAAACAACUAUGAGAACUAUAUGAAUGGCGAUUUUGCUAUUCCUCAUUCCACAGGAAUAAGGACGUCUGUUGAAAAUAGCACACGUCUUGCUCCAACAUCUGAAUCACAACAAUCGUUAUCCAACUCCUCGAUCACUGGAAAUAUAGAUGAGUCACCUAUGGAUACCACCAACCCAUUAUUAAAUCAAGUUCUUGCCUCUAAUCCAAAAUCUAAUUUGUCUCUAAGCGGUUCUUCCCUUGAUAGCAAUAACAAGAAAAAUGAUGGCGUUCAUAUUAUGAGUAAUUUACCUCAUUCCUUGGCCUCUUUCCGUGAUGAUCAAAAUGCUCGUGACACUCCUUUUUCUCUGCCUUCAUCUGCGCCAUCUAUUUCACUUUCAAACCCUCCAACGGGAACCCCUAUUUUUACAUCAUCGACAAAUGGUAUUGAUUCAACUCCAAGCUCUUCUUAUUCUGAAAAUAACUACUCUAGAAAUUCAUCUCGUUCUUAUGCAAAUAAUGGUGACAGUGGCACUAGUCGUGGAUAUUCUCGGUCUUCUUCAUUACAUUCUGGUAAUUCACCGCCUUAUUCUUUGCACAAUGGAGCUGUUCACCUGCGAAAUGGUUCUAAAGUCUCGAAUUCCCAAACUUCCAUUGGGUCUCUUGCGCCAUUAUUUUCUAGUGCUUCUCGCCAUAAUAAUACACAAACUCCCGGGAUAAAUAAUACAUCUUCGCCUUUACAAUCAACACCCUCUUCUUCUAGUGGUAUUUCAUCUACUGGCACUCCUGGUGAGCUCCAAUCUAGGUUAGACACAAUGGAAAGACUUUUGAUGACACUUAUAAAGCAGCAACCUAGCUCUAGCGAUAGAAAUGAUCAAUCUGGUAAUAAUAGUCGAAAUGGAAGCAUUCAAGAACCACCUAAUAAAAACUCAUCUUCAAGUAACCACCGUGGUAGUAUUGAAAGCGACAAAAAUCUAUCUAGUUCUUUGGAUGACAAUCAAAAAAAUGAUGAUACUAUGGCUACACUUCGAGAAUCACUUGGAAUGCUAAAGCUAGACACAACUGGGAAAGCUGUAUAUCAUGGCGACACACAUUGGGGCUCACUAAUAACUGAAAUUGACGAAGUUACCGAGAUUUUAGGGAAACUUAAAGCUGAAUCAUUACGUUUGUCGAAUCAGACUGACACCUCAAAUGAGAACCGCACUAGACCUUCAGCUAAUGGAGAAUCAACUCAAACACCUGAAUCCUCAAAUGGCCAUUCCGCUCAAGGUCCUUUGGGGAGUGUUAAAAAUCCUGCUGAUCAAAUGACAACAGGUGGGUGCUUUAGUAAUAAUUCUUACUUUGCUACAAUUCAAUCUAAUGAGAGUUAUAUGAAAGUACUUGAUACUUUACCUCCUCGAGAUCAAUGUGAUAUUUUAAUUCAAAGAUAUUUUGAAUCUUUCAAUUUAGUCUUUUCGAUCAUUAAUAAAACAACUUUUGAUGUUGAAUACAUGGCAUUUUGGGAGGAUCCUUCUAUAACAGAAAUGUCAUGGAUGGCUGUUUUUCUUGGAAUGCUUUGUCUUGGGCUACAAUCAUUUGCAACAGAUACCAUUGAAUUAUCUCUAGAUGCUGAUGAAAAAGCACCUACACCCGAAGCAAGUCGAAAAGUUUUUCCUGCACCAUUUCGAGAAAAUCCGGAGCAAAUGUGGAGUUUGUGGCUAGAAGGUGCUGAGUACUGUUCAAACUCUUGGAAACUUAACUUUAAGCCUUCAAUAACAAAUAUUCGAGCUAUGCUUAUACUCACUCUUUGCCAGCACCCUUCAUCCUUUGAUUACGAUUGGAUGGAUCAAAAUUGGAUUGAUAUUGGGGAUAUUGUUCGUAUUGCACAGACAAUGGGUAUGCAUCGCGAUCCUCAAUGGUUUGCUCUAGAUAUUUUUGAACGCGAGGAGCGUCGUCGCUUAUGGUAUCUUAUCCAAACAUUAGAUACCUACCAAACUCUUCUUCAGGGUUUACCUCCACUUAUUCGUACUGGUACUACAGAUGUGCAGUUCCCUGCUCAUACAAAUCUUUCAACUGUGGCUAAGUAUUGGAAAUAUUUUCAGCCAGAAAGUAAAGACAGCUCACCUGAUUCUGUCCAUUCAGGUGUGUUAAUGUGUGCACCAUUCCCCAUUCGAACAGACAUGUCGUUUUUUUUAGCAAGAAGUGCUAUUUCAAUGUUUAGUACUCAAAUAUAUAAUAUCACGACUAGUCUUGAAACUCCUAAUGUUCCUUAUGAGCAGAUUCUAGCCUUAGAUAGCAAGGUUCGCCACAUGUUUAACCGCGCGCAUCCAUAUCUUCAGCAAUCAGUUAUUGACAAUAACUCUAUAUCUGGAAUCGAUGAAAAUAAUGGUGACGAAGCAAAUAGCCCAGAUAGCAUCAGCAGUGUUGAUACUUCUGUUGCAUUGUUGGAGCGAUUUUUAUAUGAGAUUGACUAUCUUAAAGCUCUUAUGGUUCUUCACAGAAAGUAUUCAUCCAAAGGCUUGGAAAAUCUAAAAUAUCGCCGAAGUCGGGAGGAAACAGUUUAUAGCGCAGAGCGUAUGCUUAUGUUACAAGAGUGGUUUUACAAGUCAAAACGUGCUGCCAAAUUGCGUCACAAGUAUUCUUACAUUGUCACUAAAUUUGUGUUUCCACAGUUCACUCAUGCUGUUAUUUUGCUUGCUCUAUAUUUCAUUGGAAAUCAUUUUGAUUCAUAUCCCCUUCACACCGCUCGAACUCAAUUAAGACGUAUUGAGGUGUCUUGCAACAUUGCAUUUGAUGUCGGUCAAAAAACAGGUGACUUACAUGUUUCUAAGCAUAUGCAUCUUCUUGUUAUUCUUCUUCGUGAAGCUAAAACAGUUUUUAAGAUGACUCCAGCUGAGCGUGAAGCGCUUAAAGCUCAGCGUCAGGAACGAAAGAAGCGUCAUCCAAACAAGCAAUUUACUGCUUCAUCAUCUGAAAUCAUGGACCAAUAUUUUAAAUCUCCACCAGGAACUUGCACUAGAUCUGAAACAGAUGAUUAUUCUUCAGGUUAUAAUACCUUUUUUUAUGCAUCUUGGGAAUUUGAUACCAUGAAGCGACAGGUUGCUACUUUCAAUCAAAACCCAGAUCAAUAUUAUAAUGAAUGGAGACUAGAGCAUUUUAUGGAUGUUGAUGAUGAUCUUAAUAGUGCACUGAAUCCUAGCAGUUUGGGGUACAAUAUCCAAACUACGAAUAUCAACGAGCAAAAUUCCAACCACCGUUCCAAUCAACCUCAAUCUUAA